GUGUGACUAGUUUGUCUGUUCCAGGACUGGAGACUUCCAGUUCGUCUCUCGGAAUAAGACUCCAAAAGUGCGAAGUGACUAGAUGGGAGACCAGGCGGAAAGCUAGGAAAUGGGAGAUGGUUGAGGAAGAUAUAUACCACAGUGUACCAUUAAGAUUUAACCAUUUCCUUACUGGCAGACAGUGGAAACAUGGAAACACAAUCCACUAUUUGUAAAGACAACAUCUGGUUGAAACCUAGUUUAUAUUUUUAUUAAAAACAUUUUAGAAGAACACAGAUGAAAUGAACAUAAUGACUGUGAUUUAAAUGAAUACCACUAUGAACCAAAUGGUAACGUGGCCUCGUGAAUAGGAAUGACUGCUCAGGCAUCAGAAUUGGAGAUCAUGGAUGAAGAUCGAUUAGUUGAGGAGGUCUUGGAUAAAUUUGUUAAUUGUCAUGAGCAAACAUAUGAAGAAUUUCUGAGCACUUUUACUCAUCUUUCAAAAGUUGGCCACAGUAAGAAAAAAAGGCAACUCGGGAAGGACUUCUGCAAGUCAGGUUGGCUGCUGCUUCCGGGAGAAGUGGAACAGCAAGUAAGUGCCCGUGUGCCUUCCUACGUUCCUUCCGUGGCCCAGCCUGUUACGCCUGGAGUCAAGCCAAGGCAUGCUGCAAACGGAGCAGGCAAACAAAUGGACAAGUAUACUGCAGAAUGUCCUUGGCUUCAGAUACCUGCUUGGACAUAUUCAGACAAAAGAUACUUGGAGAUGAAGUUCAGCCCUUCUCCCUUGAUGAAGAAUUUGAUUACGACACUGUGCUGCUCACACCCAAGUUCACUCCUGCAGAGACAGAUGCCAUCAAAGAGCUAUCCAAACAAAAGAGGAAGAACACUGACGCAGGCGUAGAGGAACCCUGUGACUGAUUCUCCAAGGCAUCUUUGUGUUUAUUUUUAUUUUGUUUUUAUUCAAGCAACACUUGAAUAAAAGAUAAACCUGCUAUGAUCCCUCUUGUGGAAAUUGAUGUGCACACUGAUUUAUCAGUUAUUUGUCAAUGGAGAGACGUGACUCACAAGACGAGACAUCUCUGUCCUUCCAGAGUUCUCUUCUCAUCGUCGCUGCAUCCCGUGGCUGGUCGGGGGGCUGCUGUAGGGGGCAGUGGGGACAGGAAGCAGUGCCUACACAAGGGCCUGCAACUAGGAAAUGUGGGGUGUUGUAGCAACUAUUGGGAACAUCAUCCCCCCCUUGGGUGUGAGGGACAAUUGCACAUGCAAAACACAUGUGGGGGCAGGUCCCGGUCCGGGCCGUCUGGAGUGGUAUGGUAUGAAUGUGCGUGCUGAGAGUCUGGCUUCUAAGAUCAGUAGGGGAAGGUAUCUCUGCAAAAGAAGGCACCUGAGGAUUGAUUAUGUGUCACAUAUUAAAUUAUUGUAUUUUGUUAUUGCCAUUAAGCCAUGUGUAAUGAUAGUUACAAAGGACAAGGAAUGAUCUCUAUCGCCAGAAGCUUAGAAUAUAAUGGGAGAGAGUCAGAGAGAAAACAACUAGAGAAUAUAAAAACACAUUAUGAAGUGCUAAUUGUAUAGAAUACCCACACAUAAGUUAAGGAGAGGAGAAGAAAGGGGUGAGGGCACAGAAGUAGGGAGAAUAUUGUGUAUAAAGUAAUGUUUAUCAUUGAAGGAAUCAGUAAAAAAUCAAAUGUAUUUAGUCUUAAUUAGUUUUCAUACAGGCCCAUGCACAUGAUCAUGUGUAUUCAUAAAAAUUACCAUUUAUAUUCCUUAUAAAAGAUGUGCUUGAGAGUCAAGGGAUUUCCACACCCAUUUUUCUUUAGUCAACAAACUUCCGUAAAACAGCAUUUAUGUGCCAACUCUUAUGCUAGUCAAGGGGAAUAUACAAGUAAAUUUAGUGGAGAAGACAGAUGAAACAGAAAUAACCGCCUGAGAGUCACACUGUCUAAUAUAAUAGCCACUAGUUUCAUGCGUCUAUUGAGCACUUGAAAUAUCACUAGUGUGACUGAGGAAUGGAUUCUUAAGUGUUUAUUUUUAUUUAGAAUAACAUUGAUACAGUAUACAGCAAGGGGAAUAUAGUCAAUAACAUUAACUUUACAAGGCGACAAAUGGUAACUAGGCUUAUUGUGGUAACCAUCUCACAAUGUAUAAAAGUGUGAAAUCACUAUAUCAUACACUUGAAACUAAUACAGUAUUGUAUGUCAAUUAUACCUUGGUAAAUAAAAAUAAAUACUAAAAGGGCAAAAAAAUUUUUUUAAAUUGAUAUUUGAUACAUUUAUUAUAAAACAUUAAUGUACAUUUGGAACAACUUGGGUAUGUAAACCUUUUUCUGUAAAUUUUAUGACAUAUAGAUACAGAUCAAUUAUUUUUGAUGACAACUUAGUGUCUAAAAUUAAAACAUGCUAUAAAUAUAAAAUACACAUUGAAUCUCAAAGAAUAUGAAACUAGAACAUCUUGUAUUUUUUGUGUUGAUUACAUGUUGAAAUGAUUUAAGCUGCUUUGGCUAUAUCUGGUUAAAUAAAAUAUUAUUAAAAUUCUCCAA